CUUUUCUUUGUUAUUAUUGUCAAGGUUUCUUUCUUCUUCUCUCUUCACUAUCCUCUCCGCCCAUCCCUGUACUACAUUCUCUCUCUAUACUCUCUCUCUUGUAAAUUGGCGGUUUCCAGUUCUAUCCAGAGGAAGAAGAUGAUGCCUGCUGCUGAUGUUUGGGUGACAUCGGCGAUGAGUGAUGAUUCGGCGGUGGUGGAGCUACUUUUGCGGUUAAAACAAUCGUCUGAGGCCUUCAAAAUCCAGCUAUCACUUCUUCCACCGACGAGAUGGGGUAACCGUAAGCUUCGAUCAACUACGGCGAGGAAGGAGCAAACGGAAUCGACUAGGCGCAGUCCGACGACGCCGCUUUCGUGGAGCGGCGGCGGAGCAUUAGCUAGCGACUCGUACGACGAGUACGAAUCUUCUGAUGUUUAUUCCGUGAGCAGAUCUAAGGGCGCUUUACACAAUGACAUUGCUUCUAUUUCCUCAAGCAGCAAGAGAUCAAGAAAAAAUAAGACUUUUGGCGAGCUUCAGGAAGAGGAGAACUUGCAGUUGAAGGAAAGUAUACAUUUAAAUAAGGAAUUAGAGAACUUGCGGAUAAACCUUGAGGAACAGAAAGCCAGAAAUGAGAGUUUGAAGAGAAUUAAGAAUGACAUCUUGUUACAAUCAGCCGAUAAGACGGAAACAAGAACAGUUGAGGCUUUUGCAUUUGAACGUGGAAUUGGUGGUAGCCGGACACCACCUUGUUUAGUGAGAAACGAAAACAAGAACACGGAUCGGAGGAACUUUAUUCUACCUGAUCUAAACAUGGAGCCUGCUGAAGAGGAUGAAGAUUAAUCAAUCUGAUGAUUUGGUAGUGAUUCAUGAACUGGAAUGAAUGUAGCCAAUGUGAAAGUAAAGAAAUUUAUCAUGGUUAUAUAUGGCAUAAAAAAUGUGCAUUUUUUUAUAUGAUCAGUUUUUUUGUUGGGUAAAAUGAAGCAGAGAGUUUCUCUAAUGGUAGUAAGCAUAAAUUUGCUUACAAAUUAAUGAUAUGAUAUAUAAUAAACCUAUAGAAAUCAUUUCCUUUUGG